AUGUUCAGAGGCCCCGAAGUCGAGCUCUGGCUAGGUGCAGAAGAAGGGACCGAUCCAGCGACGGAGAAUGACUGGGGUUUACUGCCAUUCAUGGCCCUGAGCGAUGGUGCGCAUGCCGUUCUUGAGGGCUAAGACAUCCUAUACAGUUCAAUAGAGGACUACUCCU